GUCAAAAUUGUCAAACGUUUAACUGGUUCGGUAUUGAUUUUUUGGUAUUCAUAAUUUAUAAUAUAUAAUCUUGCUAUUGCAGCAUUCAAAUUGAUCAGUAAAGAGUAACACCUGCAAAAUGUCGGCGAAAUUAAAUGAAGCUCACGAACAUUGCAAGGCCGCAGAAAAGUUUUUGAAAACUUCGCUGCUACGUUGGAAACCAGAUUAUGACUCAGCAGCCGAUGAGUAUAGUCAAGCAGCCCAAUGCUACCGUAUUGCACGUGAUUUGAAGAGCUCCAAAGACUGCUAUAUAAAAGCAUCAGAAAUGUACAAGAAAAACCAUUCCUUUUUCCAUGCUGGAAAAGCCCUUGAGAAUGCAAUUAUAGUCAGUAAAGAAACUUCAACUGCAGAUGAGAUUUUCACUUUAGCAUGCGAUUCUAGCAGUCUUUACCAGCAACAUGGUUCAGGUGACUCUGGCGCUAAUGUUCUUGAUAAAGCAGCUAAGAUUAUAGAGGAGAAUGCACCCGAGAAAGCAGUCAAAUUGUACCAACAGGCAGCUGAUGUAUCAUCAACUGAAAGCAGUCAACAUCAAGGAUCUGAAUACAUUAGUAAAUCUUCGAGAAUAUUAGUUAAAUUGCAGAGGUAUGACGAAGCAGUGGAUAGUCUUCGUAGGGAGAUUGGUUUCCAUCAGGAGGCUGGUAACAUUGGGGCUAUGGGCCGCCUCACUGUCGCUAUUGUGUUGGUACAACUGGCCAGAGGAGACGCAGUGGCUGCAGAGAAAGCUUAUAAAGAAUGGGGUAACAACUGCGAAGCACCUGAAAUGCAAACUAUUGAGCAGUUGCUGCAAGCGUACGAUGAAGAAGACAGGGAUUCAGCUAAAAGGGCCUUAGCGUCGCCCUUCAUACGUAGCAUGGAUGUAGAGUAUGCUCGUCUUGCCGCUUCAAUUCCUCUACCUGAAGGAAUUGACCCUCCGCCAAAAGCUGCAGUCAGGGAGAAUGCGGCACCAUCAUAUGUUAGCCCCAAUACCUCAUACAUGCAGGCUAAACCGGGGGACAGAGAUAUGGAUACCUAUGAGGAAAAGAAAACUGAUGAUGAAGAUGGUUUGUGUUAAAUCUAAUCAACAUUCUGGGAUAAACUUGUUAUAUUUAUACCCUAUUAUCUGUAUUUCAAUAUUUAAUAUUUAAAAAAGUUAUGCAUUUAUAUUAUUAAGUAUUAAAAAGUUUAAUUAAAUCAUUUAUUAGUAGUGUUUCUAAUAUUAAAUUAUUAAAAAUAUAAUCUUAGGUACACACAUUGCUAGAUCAAAAUACUGCAAGCCUUAUAUAUGUCAGCUUAUAGUUUUCUAGAAGUGUCAGUAAAUAUUGAAAAGUAGGUUGAUAGUUUUGUUUAAUUGUAAUGGAUGAUAGAAGCAUAACAUAAAAUUUGAAUUAAAUUUAUGUUUUAGAAAAUACUGUUUAAUAGCAAAAUAUAUUUUUGAUCAGUUUAGAAAAUCAUUUUGCUUAGUGCUAAGAGUUAAAGAAUAGUUAAAAUGCGGAUAGGCUGAUACAUGUACCUGGAAAACAUAAAAAUAUUCUAAAUAUUAUUUCAUUAAAAUUGUUUGUGUCGGAAACUAAAUAUAAAUUUAGAUAUAAGUGUCUUAAAAUUUCAAAAUAUUCUAAAUAAUGCAAUAUGCUUAGCUAAGUAUUGCUAUCCACAAACUAGAAUAGCAUAAGUACGCAUACGUUUUUGAUUAUACAAGUAAGUAAUUAAAAAUAUUUCUCUUUUAUUCAUAGUAUUUACAAAUGCAAUAUUUUUAAACAUAUCAUAAUUAAUGAUUAUGAUAUAAAAGAAUGUAGUGAUCUGUGUGAUGAAUAAUGAUUGUAUACAUUCUUUAGUCAAAAUAGACAUUGCUUAAAAAUCUGUGGAGAAGCUCAUUUUAACAAAGUCAAAGCUUUUGUUACCCAGAAAAUAAAACCAUUGACUAUUCCGACGAAAAGCCAUUUUAUUGUCUUAAAGUAAUAAUGUAAUGGAUUUUUGAGUAAUAUUCAAAAUCUGUUAUUAAAACAGAUUUUUAUUUGAUAACUUAAAUUGCUGUGAUUGGUUAAUCAAUGAUGGAGAAAUAUUCUUAGUAGGUUCUGAAUAUGUAAUUGUUAACAAAUUGUUUUAUUUAUAUAAAAGUUUUUAAAUGUUAAUGUUGUACAGGAAAUGUUUUGAUCUGUUAUAUGUAGCAGUAACAUUAUAUAUGUCUUUGUAAAGUACUGGAAAUAGUUAGUUAAAAUGUUUGACACCAAAUUAUUAGGAGUAAAGUUGUUUGUUACUAAUUUGCAACAUAUGUAAAUGUGUACUUAACAUUGUAAGAAAAAAAACAUCUAUUUGUGUUAUUUUGCUAUAUAUGUUGAAAGAAAUGUUUAAGAGUAUGUUUAGAAACGAACCUGUAUGCAUUAUAAAUCACAUUUAUAUAAAAACUAAUUAUUCGAAACAUCUGAUUUCAAAAACUAUGUAUAGUAUGAAAAGGUUAUGUACUGGUAGUGCUUGUAGAUUUUACUUAGUUUCAUAGAUAAUUAUUCCUAACUCUGUGUGUUAGUCUAAUAGUAAAUAAGCAUCCAUGUGUAUUCAGUAUCAUAUUGCUGCUGAUACUAUCUUUAUCUGCUGUCUAGGCUUUGUAGACGGGGCCACCUCGUUAAUAAUGCUAUUCCAGUUCGCUAACCUGGAAUUGAUGGUGUUGAGAGAAUUCUUCUCGCAAUAUUGGAUGCUGGGGUUCUAUAGAAGCAGAUGUAUGUGUCAUUGCUUAGUCUACUUUAACAAAGCAGUACUCAAGGAAUCCAUCUGCAGGCACUUUCAAGGCCCUCUCGAACAUCUAGCACACUCUGUUUAAGGGGCAUUAGUGUAGCCGGGUUAAUUUGAUUCUAAAACAUGUGGUCUAUCUCUGUUAAGGUUAUUACAGAUACAAGAUGAUUUUUAUAAAUCGGAGUCCUUUUCAACUGAAUCUUUUGUCUAAUCAUGGGAGGUCCUCAAAGUCUUCCAUGUUGCAGAUAUAACAGUUGUAAAUGUGAACAAUAGGCGGAAGAGUCUGUAUAAACAGUCAUUGUUUUUUCUUAAGACCUCAGGUCAUUGAAGAGUAUAAUGUUAAUCUAAGUCAACUGUCAAUUCAAUGCUAAUGAUGAAUAUUGCUUCUAAAAUAAAUGUGUAUUAACAA